GUCCUAGAUAUUUGUCAUUAAGGUUAAAGGCUGUUUCUACACUCGCUUCUAUAGUUACAAGGCAGCUGUUUGUCUAUUGGACAUGCUCCGUUUCCCCAGGUUGGACAUAGACAGCAUAUUAAAGCUUGGACAGAUGGAACAAACUGGAGCCAAAUGGAGCAGCUGUGUUGGACAGUUUUGUGCUUCGAUAGCCGCGUUAUUAUUGCUGUGGAUGAAUGGACUGUCCCUCGUACAGAUGGCCCACUGCUCCGUCACGUACAGACACCAACCAGGAGAUCCAGUGUUGGUGGAUGAGACAGAAGCUGCAUCCUUCCUGUCCCGUUCACUGCUUUAUAACAACUGGGACUUUGAGCUGGUUGUGCCUGGUGAUCUGGAGAGGGAGUGCAUGGAAGAGAUUUGCAACUACGAGGAAGCCAGAGAGAUUUUUGAGGACGAUGCAAAGACGAAAGAUUUUUGGAAAACGUAUACCAAUCAAGGAAAUACAAACAGACUGGACGUGUCAGGUCUGGUGGCAGGGAUCCUGGCUGUACUAGUGUCUGCUGUAAUUGCCACGGUGCUGGGAGUGUACUGCUACAAAGCCAAGAAAAAGGGUGCACGGAGGUCUGGCCGACCCCCAGUACAAAUUGCAGUAGAUGGGCAUACAUCAGCUCCGGAGAUGGUGCCCCUUGGUGGGAUCACUGCACCAGGUCUGCCUAGCUACAACGAUGCACUGAAUCACAGUGGGCAGCACGAUGCUCCACCACCACCAUAUUCAGGGGGUGCGCCGUCGGUAUCUGCUGAUCCAGGUGACAAUGAAUGAAAGCCCUGCAGGUCCCUGUGUGAUACAUUGAAACACUGAUGGUUUUGGGAAAAUGUCUGGUUGUUUUUUAAAAUAUACAUAUGUUUUUUAGGAGUGCAGUUCAAAGACAGUCCCAAAGUGGACAGUACCUAAUCAUUUGUCACUAGUCUGAUCACUUAAGACUUCGUUUUUGUGCUGUGUAUUUGCGUUCUUCAAGAAAAACCAAGAUGCAUUUUAUAUAAUAAAUUAUGUAACAAUUUCACAU